AUGAUGAGGGCAACCCUUGAGUCGAAUAGGAGGAUCUGAAAAAGAGAUGAAGUUGAAAACAAUGCUGAGUAUCAGAAAUCACAUCUGAACUCUUUUUAUGAAUCAUUUAAAGAUAGUGUACGAAGAAAUUGUGAAAUGUUUGAAGUAAUGUUUAAAAAAAGGAUGCCUAAAAUAUAUGGAGUUGCUGCUACUGCCAGUAGAAUUUGUGAAGUGGUUUGGAAUGUGUGAUGAUAUGCUAUGGUCUGUUGAGCUGAGUUGGGGAGUUAUGUGGUGUGAUUUGAAGUUUUUGUUUUAUGAUUUGGAAUCGCUGAUGAAAAAUUAAGAGAAAUGCUGCAUCAGCAGCUCUAA